CUGGCUUACUACCAUCUCGUUGGCAAUCUGUAAGGCAUUUGAUCUCCUGGAAAUGCUAGUUAAGGAGGAAGAGAUGAUCUCUGCUAUAAAGGAAAAACUAUCGAAGGAAGGGGACAAGGGGUUCUCUCAAGUUCUUGAUUAUCACAGCAAGAGAGCAGAAGCUUGGCAUCGUAAUGCUGCAGCUCGAGCUUGGUAUACUAAACCUGCAGAGCCUAUCACAUAUGCUACAUUUGCACAAGAAGUUCUAGAAGGCAGAGUGAAGGCGUCGAAGGCACAUGACCACAAAUAUCAGCCACUAGCAUUUGGACCAUUGAGUCUCGUGGGUGGAAGCAUAACGAGUGAAAGGAAAAGGAUGGAAAUUCAGGUUUUCCAACCUUCUUAUAGGUUGCCAACCGUGAGCAUAGAGGAAGCUGGUCUAAGGGAGAUGGAGACGAUGGACAAAUGGCAAGGAAAAAAUGCAAAACUUAUGGAGGAUGCCAAUUCCUCAUGGUACAAGGACAAUAGGAAGCAAAGACCAGGUGAAAAGGAUGAUGAAGAUGAUGAUGCUUCCCAAGAAAAGGCAAGAGCUUGGGAUGGCUGGAAAGACGAUAAUCCUCGGAGUGCCGGCUAUAAGAAGCUAACCCCUUGUGGGUAGAUGUGGUAGGUCGCGUUUUCUGUUUUGUAUUCUUUUUUUCAGUUAAUACUGUAUGUAAAUAUUUGUUGUAAAAUGCUCUAGCUCAAAACUGCACCGUCAUCGAUUCUUAGCAUAUUAGUGCCACCAGUACCACCUUGAAGGAAGGCUCUCAGAACUGAUAAAAGAAGAUAAUGAUUUCUUUAUUUAUUUUUAAUCGAAGAUGUAUCAAGUUAAAACA